UUUCGUUUUUGUUUGUUAGUCAAUUGUUCUGUCGUUUCUUUUUUGUUCUUUGUUUCUUAUACCAUAACAGAAAGAAAUUCCUGAGUGGGUAAGAUAUUGACUUAAAUGUCUUUUUAUAAAUUACGAAUACGUUUUACGCAGCUAUCAGGAUGGUAGAACUCGAGUCAUCGGCUUUUUAGCUGUUAAAACACUAAACAGUACGAUUUAUACUCUUUCAGAGGAAGGCAUUUAUCAGGUUACUCAAAAGCACCACCUCCAAUCCAAAAAAGGCUAUAAACUCUGCUAAGAAAAUAUUAAAAGCUGCAAACAAAAUAAUCUGGUGCAGCGAUGAACAGAGGCCUGUUGAAGAAGAUGAAAGAGGAGAAGAUACUAUUUACACCACAUUUGCCUUAGAGGAGUUUAUUGUCAGCUUGGCCGAAAGGCAACCAAAUUCCACGAAUCGCAACAUUAUUGAUUCCAGCAAAGAUCUGAGUAAGUUAAUAAGGGUUUGAGUUUACUCUGCCUAAAUUUAAGUAAUUACUCUGUGGCGAGAACCAGAGAAAAAAUGUUGAGAGAGAGGAAAACAAAACAGAGGAGAAGGGGAUGAUUCAUUUUCCAGGUUUUUUGUUAACAGAAUGCAAUUUGGUUUAAUUUUCAUCUUUAAUUAUUUUAUAUCCUAUCCAUCAAAAGCAAGGACGAAAACAGAACGAAAACAUAGAAAAAGGUUUAAACAGAUUAGCUUAUCAUAUCUCUUGUUUAAAAGAUGAGGUCGUUUCCUACACGGAAAAUACGGUUACUGGAGUAAAUGAUAUCCAGACUAGAAUUUUGUAUUUUUUUAAUCGAUACUCAAUUGCAUCCUCUGACUCCGCACUUUACCGACAUUGCAGAAGAAAAAGAUAUUCGUAUCGAUGUUUCAUUGGCUCCUAUCAAUUACACUAUUUAUAAUAUCAUUGUUAUCUUUCGUAUUAUUCUCAAAAACAACAUUAUUUGCUAUUAUUGUUAAUAUCAUUAUUACUCAAGCGUUUCGAGUCACACACAGCGUCCACAGAAAGGAAGUGAUUUUCUGCUCAAUGGAAGCAACGGGGAAAACUUUAUCAAGAUUCCGGCAACUAAUCUACAUCCGAAUGGAUCGGUAGUACUUGGCGUGGCCUACAACAACAGCCUAAACGAAUUUAUAUCAUACUACUCAGCUAACUCUGUGAAAACUAACACAACAAGGAUACUGGACAGCAUAAUUCUAUCCGCCGUAAUAGACCCUCUGCCAGAAGUGUUGCAAGAGAACAUAACUUUGCUUUUCAAGAACAUGAAGGCUGUCCGAAAGAAUAGAACAUGUGUAUUCUGGAGCUUUUCGGAAGACCACUUUGGGAGUUGGUCAAGCGAGGGAUGUCAAACAAGAAUAAGAUCCGAUAGCCAAACAGAAUGCGUUUGCAAUCACUUGACCCACUUUGCUGUGCUCAUGGAUUUUACCGACGAUGGUGGUGACGUGAAGGUUUUCAACCAGGAUAAAACUCGUUUGUCAGAUGAACAUGACAAAAUACUCACAAUCCUCACUCGAGUAGGAAUGGCUUUAUCUCUCAUUGGAGUCGUACUCACAAUUAUCAGCUAUCUUCAGCUCACAGACAGAGAUUCACCUUUGUGUCACAUACGGGUUAGUCUGACUUACUGCAUUGGAGCAGGACAUAUCAUCUUUUUCGCUGGAAUAGAUGCCACGGAAAACAAG